GUAAAUAAACGCUGCAUAGGCCCUCGCGACUUUAGUAUUCACCAGUCACCACAACGUACUAGAAUCUACCGGCGUUCUGUUGAUCUCUCACGAAUAUUCAAGCUCUUAUAUUUAUUAAAUAAUUUAUAUAAAAUUUAAAGGACCAUCUUUAACAAAUCAACAUGGGUCUGGAUAUUAAUUCUGUAUUGAUUGUGGAUGGAGUUGGUGCUAAUUGCGGAGAGAUUCUAAAGUCACACGGAAUCAAAUUUGUUAAUAAAGCGAAAAUAUCGAAGGAUGAACUGCUACAGGAAAUUCCACAAUACGACGCUUUGGUUGUAAGGUCCGCAUCACAAGUGACAAAAGAAGUGUUAAAAGCGGGCAAGAAGCUGAAAGUAGUUGGCAGAGCGGGUGCUGGAGUCGAUAAUAUUGACGUUACUGCGGCCGGCCAGAUGGGAAUUGGUGUCAUUAAUGCUCCCGGAGCGAACGCCAUGAGCGCUUGCGAGCUGACCUGUGGUCUGACACUGAACCUCGCCAGGCAUGUGGUGCCAGCCGCAUCUGCCCUCAGAGCCGGAAGAUGGGAGAGAGCCCAGUACACUGGCACAGAAGUUAACGGCAAGACACUGGCCAUCUUGGGUCUCGGCAGAGUAGGCAGAGAAGUCGCCAUUCGGAUGCACGCUUUUGGAAUGAAGAUAAUCGGUUUCGACCCAUUUGUGACGUCAGAACAAUGUGCACAGUUCCACGCGACCAAGAUGGAACUGGAUGACAUCUGGCCCCUGGCUGAUUACAUCACCCUGCACACGCCCCUCAUUGAUUCCACUCGCAACUUCAUCAAUGCUAACAGCUUGGGCCGCUGUAAGAAAGGAGUCAAGAUCAUAAACGUCGGCAGAGGAGGCCUUAUCAAUGAAAGAGAUCUUCUAGAUGCACUAAAAACAGGGCAGGUCGGUGGUGCUGCACUCGACGUGUUUGAACAAGAGCCGCCAACAGAUCCUCUGACACUUGAAAUAAUAGAACACCCCGCGGUCAUUGCUACCCCACAUCUUGGUGCAUCAACGAAGGAAGCUCAGGUAAGAGUGGGUCAAGAGAUCGCUGAACAACUCGUGAAUUUGGUGAAACCCGGCACGUUCAAUACACCGCUAGCAGAAGUGACUCGAGUGCUUCCUAAGUAAUUAUUUUCUAUUAAAGCUUAAGUAUUUUUCUACUAUUAUUUUAAAGUAUUUUUUCGCUUUGUAUUCGGUGACAAUGUACGUUAUAAAACUAAGCUAGUUUCAAAUAUAACGUUGUCAUGCCUUUUGUUUACACUGAAUAAAUAUUAUUUUUUAAA